AAUCGAGUACUUUGUCAUAAAAGCGUUGCGUUCUCACAAUCGUUUCUCGUUCGCGUUUUCUUCUAAGUGUUGGCUCGUGUGAUAACCAGUGUAAGUAUGGACGUUGAAAGUAGUGCAAAUGAAGAUAAUUCGAGCCCCAGCAGCAAGAAAGAUUAUUCCGAUUCAUCUCAAUUGAAUGGCAUAAACGGCUAUUCCGACAAGCAAAAAAGUCACAAAUCUGAGCACAAGGACAAGCAUAGAGACAAGGAUCGUGAUAGGGACAGAGAUAAGGAUAGGGAUAAAAGCAAGAGUAAAGAACAUAAGAGUUCUAGUAAAGAUAAAGACCGGCACAGUUCCAAGGAUAAGGACCGGCAUAGUUCGCAUAAAUCGUCAAGCCGUGACAAAGAACGCAGUGACCGAGACAAGGAUAAACAUCGUGAUAAGGAUAAACAUAAAGAUGAGAAGAAGUCCAGCUCUUCAUCCAAGGAUAAGGAUAAAGAGAGAGAGCAUAAAAGCUCGCAUGAUAAAGAGCAUAAGUCGAAGGACAGAGACAAGGAUAAAAAGGAUAGAGAGAAAGAGAGAGAUAAGGAGAAAGAUAAAUCAAAGCAUAGUUCUUCGAAGGACCGAGAAAAGGAAAAGGAUAGAGACAGACACAGCAGCUCUAAAGACAAGCACAGAGAUAAAGAUAAACAUCAUUCCAGUUCAAAAGAUAAAGAUAGGAGGGACAGAGACAGAGAGAAGUCUGACAAAGAUAGGGACAAAGCUGAUGAAGAUAAAAAAAUCAAAAGCCACUUCAAGCAUGAAAUUGACGUCAGCAGAGAAGAUUCUGCCAGGGAAGAUUCAGUUGACGAGGAUGAUAACAAGCUUGUAAUCAAGGAAGAAACCGAAUCUCAAGAUGAAAUCGACGACAAAAAUGUUUCAGCUGUCAGUAGCUGUGAUUACAAUAUGUCUCAAUUCAAAUCAGAUGAAUCCAGGUUUGAAGAUUGCACUACAAACAUAAAAGAUGAACCAGAGGACAGUGAUGAAGAUAUGCCUUUGCGAAAACCUUUCGCUCACAGACACAGUUCGGCUGCUAGAAUUGAAAGCACAUCAGUUAAACGAAAGAUUGAAUCUGAUGAUGAUGAAGAUGAUUUACCCCUUAUGGCAAGAAAAAAACCAAAGAAAGAGAAGAAAAACAAGUCCGAAAAGAAAAAGAAGAAAAGAAUUGUAGAUGAUGAGGAAGACGAAUGGGACCGACCAAUAAAGAAAGAAAAGAAAAUUAAAAAAGAAAAGGAAAUAAAAACUGAAAAUUCGGUUGUCGAAGGUCCCAAGAAAGGACGAAAGAAGAAGGAGGAGGAACCUCAAGAAGUGUGGAAAUGGUGGGAAGAAGAAAAGAAAGAUGACGGAAAGAAGUGGUCAUUCUUGGAACACAAGGGACCUAUUUUUGCACCUCCAUAUGAUCCAAUACCAGAUAACAUUAAAUUCUUUUAUGAUGGCAAAGAAAUGAAAUUGUCUUUGGCUGCAGAAGAAGUGGCAGGUUUUUACGCAAAAAUGUUGGAUCACGAUUACACAACUAAACCGGCGUUCAAUAAUAAUUUCUUUAAAGAUUGGAGAAAAGUAAUGUCAGACAAAGAACAAGCAAAAAUUACCAAUUUAGAGUUGUGCGAUUUCAGAAGAAUGCAUGCAUAUUUUAUGGAUCUAGCUGAGAAAAAUAGAAAUCGCACAAAGGAAGAGAAACAAGCACUGAAGGAAAAGAAUGAAGCUCUUGUGAAAGAGUAUGGAUUUUGCAAUAUCGAUGGCCACAAAGAGAAAAUUGGGAACUUUAAAAUUGAACCCCCAGGUCUGUUUAGGGGGCGCGGGGAACAUCCGAAAAUGGGUAUGUUGAAGAGGAGAGUGGAAGCUGAAGACAUCAUUAUAAAUUGCAGUAAAGAUUCAAAGAUUCCUGAACCUCCACCUGGUCAUAAGUGGAAAGAGAUUCGGCAUGAUGACACUGUUACAUGGUUAGCUUCGUGGACAGAAAAUGUCCAAAAUCAGGUCAAGUACAUCAUGUUAAACCCCAGUUCAAAAUUAAAAGGUGAAAAAGAUUGGCAGAAAUAUGAAACAGCAAGGAGAUUACACCAGUGUAUUGAUAAAAUUAGAAAAGAAUACAAGGAUGAUUGGAAAUCUAAAGAAAUGCGAAUUAGACAGCGCGCAGUGGCGCUGUACUUUAUUGAUAAACUUGCUCUUAGAGCUGGUAACGAAAAAGAUGAAGAUCAAGCAGACACUGUAGGUUGCUGUUCGUUACGUGUUGAACAUAUCUCAUUACAUGAAGAAAAAGAUGGCAAAGAAUACGUGGUAGUUUUUGAUUUUCUUGGUAAAGAUUCUAUACGUUACUACAACGAGGUACCAGUAGAAAAACGAGUGUUUAAGAAUCUACAGUUGUUUAUGGAACAUAAAAAAGGAGGCGACGAUCUCUUUGAUCGUUUGAAUACAGCCAUCAUGAACAAACAUUUAAACGAACUUAUGGAAGGCCUCACAGCGAAAGUGUUCCGUACCUACAACGCAUCUUGGACUUUGCAACAGCAGUUGGAUGAAUUAACGAACCCAGAUGAUUCGAUAGCUGAGAAGAUUUUGUCGUACAAUCGCGCGAAUCGUGCGGUGGCUAUUCUAUGUAACCAUCAACGGUCUGUACCAAAAGGUCACGAAAAAUCAAUGGAGAAACUGAAGGAAAAAAUCGAUGCCAAGAAAGAAAGUAUCAGAGAUGCCGAACGACAAGUCAAAGAUGCCGCAAAAGACGCGAAACACGGUAGCGUAAAAGAAAAGACUGUCUACGAGAAAAAGAAAAAAAUGUUGCAACGUUUAAAAGAACAAUUGACCAAGUUGGAAAUUCAAGAAACAGACAGAGACGAGAAUAAAACUAUCGCGUUGGGUACCUCAAAGCUGAAUUAUCUGGAUCCCCGUAUCAGUGUAGCGUGGUGUAAAAAAUAUGGUGUCCCAAUUGAAAAAAUUUACAACAAAACGCAAAGAGACAAAUUUCGCUGGGCUAUUGAUAUGGCAGGUCCAGAUUAUAUAUUUUAAGUUAGUGAAAUUUCCAUCAACUCUUUACAAUUCGACAGUUUGAUGAAUUCAACGCACUUUUGUGCUAUUCCGUGUGUAAUUAAUUUUAAGUUGUAAUUAUUAUAGUAAAAUUUUAACAGUUAAUUUAUUGUGAAUUUAAAUCGUUGAUGUCGGUGGAGAAGGUGCAUUUUUUGAAAUUCUGUCCAAUUUUUGUAAAAAAAGUUCACCUCAUGGAUCAUGUUUUAUAGGUGUCGUUUUGUUUUGAGCGACAAGAUUUUUAGUUAAUGUUUAAAUAUAUUUAUAUUUUGAUCAAUUCAUUUUAGUUAUAUUACUGUUACAGUAACAGCAGUUGUAGGAAGUCUGUAUAUUACAGAUUUGAUAAAUAAAGAAUAUGAAAAAUAAAUCUAUUCAUAAAACUCUUAUAAAAUACAAAACCAGUAUUAAUAUUGUAUUAGAUGGCGAUCUAAUUAAAGAAGUUUACGUUGUGUAACUCAGGAGGCAUGAAGUACAUCUGACUUCCAGUGAAUUUUCCAUAACCUGUAAAAAGUAUAUAAUAAAUUUCACAAGGCUA